CCCUGUGCGGGGGCAAGUUCACGGGGGCGGAACUUCCCGCUCUCAGCGGCUCGUUGGGAACCUCCCGGCGCCCGGGCCGGGUCUGGCUGCGGGCGGGCGGGACUCCCGGGUCGGUGCUGGGACAAACCCGGGAGAUCGCGUCCGUCCCCCGCGGGGGCGUGCCUGGUGCAGUGGGGCCUUGUCCCAUGAUUAACAGUCCUGAGUUCUAAGGUCUCAGUUUGUGUGAUCGGAAGAGAAGGGAUUUCUGAGAUGAUGGAGCCCCUGUCCAGCUCAGGGUCACAGAGGUUCCACCACCCAGGACCACAACUAAGCUGUGACCUCAGAGAGAAGCUGCAGUAUUCACGGCAACUAGAUCUUCCUGCACCUUAUUUGUUUGUUCCUUAUGCUAAGGAGAAUGAAGGAGACCAGGAUAUAGUGGCCUCGCUCUGUAGGUUUGGCUUUAUGAUGCCAGUGAUGUUUGAGGAGGUGGCCGUGUACUUCUCUGAAGACGAAUGGGCUCUUUUGGAUGAAAAGCAGAAGGAACUCUACAGAGAUGUCAUGCAGGAGAAUUACGAGACUCUCCUCUCGUUGGGAUUUCCGAUCGCUAAACCAGAUGUGCUGUCCCAGAUGGGACGAGGGGAAGAGCCGUGGUUUCCAGAUCUCCAGCGCUCUGUGGAAAGGGAAAUCCCAAGAGACACUAGCACAGGUACCGGGACAGGAAGUGAAGAUGAGGAGAGUCCCCAGCAGGAAGAGGCUGUAGGAGUAAAGAUGCACAGGAUGUUCUUAGGGAGACCACAAUGCACUGACGUGGCAGGUGCCUAUGAGAGUCAUGGCAGGGUGGGAUGGCAGAGGGGAGACCCUCCAGGCAGGAGGAAAUCCACUCUCGGCAGAAGAGGUUUGAGGAGAUCCAAAGACACCAGCACCCACCCGGUAACCCAUAUGGGGGAGACACCAAAUACUGUCAAUGAACUGGGGGAAAGAGUCCGUAACGGUUCGCUCCUUAUUAAGCACUGUCAGCAAACUGGUGCAGAAAAAAGCAUCUACAAAUGUGAUGAGUGUGGCAAAGGCUUCGCUCGACAAGAAAACCUUCAGCUACAUCUGAGAAUUCACCCAGACGAGCGACUUUAUACAUGUAAUGAAUGUGGGGAAAACUUCAGACUCAAGACAAGCCUUGUUCUUCAUUGUUACACAGUCCACAAGUCAGAGACAUCCCACAAGUGUCUAGAUUGUGGCCAGCUCUUUAUCCUGAGAGAGAGACUUAUUCAGCAUCAGAGAAUCCAUUCAGGAGAGGCAGCUAGAGGGUUGAACGAUGGGAUGGUGAGUGAGAACAGGGACAAGAAUCCCCAGAAGGAAGGGCUUGUGAGAGCAGAGCAGGACAGGAUAUUGUUGGGGAGACCCCAGAGUCUUGAGUGGGGAGAAGCCUGUGGAAGUGAGGGACCUGCAGAAAGGCAGCACAGGAGCCCUACAGGGGAGAGAGGCAGCAUAUCUGUGCAACAUAAAAAAGUUUCCAAGAAACUGAACUGCACCAUUGGCCACCAGAGCGCCAAUAGGGGAGCACAACCGAGUACAAGUAGUGACCAGCAAAGCUUCAGUAGCAACUCAGCAGUGCAUCCAAAAGUCCACCCCAAAGAGAGACGUUACAGCUGUGCUGAGUGCGGGAAAAGCUAUUACCACAAUUCGCACCUCCGAUGGCAUCAGAAAAAACACACUGGAGAGAAAUCCCAUGUAUGUGCCGACUGUGGAAAGAGCUUUAACUGCAGAUCGUCACUCGGCAGACACGAAAGGAUCCACAAAGAGGAGAAAAACUAUAGCUGCCCUGACUGUGGGAAAAAAUUCAGAGAGUACUUGCACCUUGCUGCACAUCAGACAAUCCACACAGGAGAGCGAGCCUACCAGUGUCCUGACUGCGACAAAAGCUUCAGACUGAAAGGGGUCCUUUGUACUCACCGUAAAACCCACACAGGAGCUAAACCUUUUAAAUGCACCGAAUGCGGGCAAGGCUUCGGGCGGAAAGAAACCCUCCAUAAACACAUGAGGCUCCACACUGGGGAGCGGCCCUAUCAAUGCACCCAGUGUGAGAAAAGCUUUCGUCAGAAGUUCUCCCUUUCGCAGCAUCAGUUAACGCACCGGGAAGGGUGGCCUCACACAUGUACAGAAUGUGGGAAAGGCUUCAAUCACAAAUCAAACCUCGUUCAACACUUGGCCAAACUGCACUUGAAAAAGCAACCCUAUGCAGCAAAUGUAGCUUCAGAUUAAACAGCUCUAUAAUUGCAAUAGUAGAAAACAGUGGAAUGGUAUUUUUUAAUUCUGGUGAGACACUUCUCCAUCUAUACGUAUUCUAAAAUACAAGGCUUAAGGAGGAUGGAUGGGUAUUAUCGCCUUAUUUAUGAUGAUGGAAGGGGGACAAAGCUGAUGAAGAGAGGCACUGGUCUUUCGAUGGGUUUUGGGGAUGAUUAGUGGGAAUUUCAAGGCAGUGGAGUUGAACUUUGGCAGUUGAGCAGCGGCAUGCCAUCUAUGGAUGCAAUGCAUGGAUUGCAUUCCCAUGUUAGCCCUGAAUAUUACUUCCUGACUGGCUGUGCCAGUGGGAUGAUUCCAUCCGGCCCCUGAACACACAGGGAGGAUGCCAU